AUGGCAGACGAAACAAAAGUCCCUCUAGUCAUCGUUGCUUGCGGGAGUUUCUCCCCGAUCACGUAUUUGCAUUUACGGAUCUUCGAGAUGGCGUUGGACAAUAUCCGUGAACGGACGGAUUUCGAGGUUAUGGGCGGGUACUAUUCUCCGGUAUCCGACCACUACAUGAAAGCUGGACUCGCGCCCGCUUCAUAUCGUGUACGGAUGUGUGAGCUCGCGUCGGAACGGACGUCGUCGUGGCUUAUGGUCGAUGCAUGGGAGUCGCUACAAGAUUCAUAUACCCGUACCGCCGUCGUCCUCGACCACUUCCACCGCGAAAUAAACGAAGUCCGAGGCGGCGUCCGUACGAAAUCCGGGAAGCACCGCAAGGUAAAGGUAAUGCUCCUCGCUGGAGGCGACCUCAUCGAAACCAUGGCCGAACCAAACGUCUGGGCCGACGCAGACCUACACCACAUCCUCGGCAAACACGGCGCACUCGUCGUUGAACGUACCGGAGCCGAUGUAUGGAAGUUCCUCUUGUCCCACGAUAUCCUCUACGAACAUCGGAAGAAUAUCAUCGUUAUCAAGCAGCUGAUCUACAACGACAUCUCGUCAACGAAGGUACGACUAUUUCUUCGGAGAGGGAUGAGUGUGCAGUAUUUGCUGCCUAACAGUGUUAUUAAGUAUAUUGAGGAGAAUGGGUUGUAUCAGGAUACCGAGCCUGUCAAGUUGGUAAUUGCGGAUAAGGGAGCCUGA